CCUCUCUACCCAACACAACACCCCUACAACCUGGCCGCCGUCAUGAUAUCUCUAUAAACCCAUAACUUUCCCCCCAAUAACGCUCCAUUCGCUCUCCUCUCCCCUGCACCCACUUUCUCUCUCAUCGCCUUCAAUCAGCGCCUCCCGCCCCUCACGAUCACAAUUCACGCCAUCUCAUCACCUCUACCUACCAUGACCGACUCUAACGACACAACCCAGGCCGAGGGCGAAGGUCCCGAGGGCUCAGAUAAACCGCCGCAUGCUCAAAGAAACGGUAAACCGCGUUCUCGCCGUUCCUCCGGCCCUGCCGCAGCCCUCAGUGGCGUCUUUGACCCAUCGCAACCUCACGUCCCCUUGCCCCCGCCAGACUCCAAAGCCUACGCCAAGCAGCCCGGCCACACUCGCAAGAGCCUGGAAGACAUGCGCACCAAGCUCGACACGCUCAACAUCAAUGGAGGUCCUCACGGCAAGCACAAUUCCUCCUCCACCGCCGGCUCCAUCACGCCCUCCUCCAGCGAGUCGCCCUCGCCUUCAGAGUGUGAGAGCUGGAGCGUCCCGUCCACUCAGCCGCCCAGUCGGGCUCCCAGCAUGUCUGCCGGUGUUUCAGGAGGCAAACUUGCCCUUCCUGUCAAUCAGCCUUUGAAACCCGCAUCCAAGAAGGAGCAACCUCCUCCCACGGCUCCGCGGAUAUUGCCGACUCUCUCCGCAGGUGACGAGAAGUCGAACAACAAGCGGCCGCCCUCUGUACAUUCGGACACCGGCAGCCAGAAGUUCACUCUCAGAGACCUGCUCGGCACGCCCAAGCUCGUGAGGAGAUCAUCUGCGCGCUCGACGGCGAGCAGCAAGAAGUCCGACUCUGAUCGGGGUGGGCGUUCUGAAGCUGGCGCGAGCACUAUCAGCCUUCUCAAGAAGUACGGGGUCUGUGAGAAGGUGGCUAUUGGCAAGGGCGCGACCUCGGUCGUCCGUCUCGCUCACAAGUGGGAUCGUAGUGAGGAGAAGUUGUACGCUGUCAAGGAGUUCAGGAAGCGGAGAAAGAACGAGACAGAGAAGGAGUACGUCAAGAAGCUCACGGCGGAAUUCUGUAUCUCCUCGACACUGCACCACGUCAAUGUGGUUGAAACGGUCGAUCUCGUCCAGGACGAGAACCAGCACUGGUGCGAGGUCAUGGAGUUUUGCCCUGGCGGAGACCUCUACGCGGCGAUCAAACGUGGCGGCAUGUCACCCAGCGAGGUCGAGUGCUGCUUCAAGCAGAUCUUGACCGGCGUUGCGUAUCUUCAUAGUCAAGGUGUUGCCCAUCGUGAUAUCAAACCGGAGAACUUGUUCUUCGACAUGCAGGGCCACCUCAAGAUUGGUGACUAUGGCGCAUCGACCGUCUAUCGUCUUCCUUGGGAGCAGACGAUCCACAUGUCCACGGGGCUUUGCGGCAGUGAGCCUUACAUUGCUCCCGAGCAAUUUUUAGGCAAACCCUAUGAUGCCCGCCUUGUGGAUAUCUGGGCGUGCGGAAUCGUCUACUACUGCCUGCACUUCCAGGAGCUCCCGUGGACCGUGGCGCAACCGACGGAUCAGCUUUUCGCUGCGUAUGUCUCCGCCUGUAAUACCCCAUCGCAGUCGGCUUGUCCCCCGACCAUCAACAACCUCUCUCCGCGGGCGUGCAGGCCGCUCAUCCGCAAGAUGCUCGAGCCAAACCCGAAGAUGCGGUCGCUCAUCGACGACAUCAUCAAGCAUCCCUGGGUGCAGGGUAUCGAGGUUUGCCAUCUCGUCGACCGUCCCAAGCACGUCCACCAGAGUGCGACUCACUUGGCUAGGGAGCAAGUACACGUCUUGUGAUCGCUAUCCUGUCGCCAUGGAGAGGUUGCAUCUCCUGUAGGUGGUGUUGUGCCUCGUAUCGCGUCAUCACGCACGUAUUGUGUGGCGCCACGACGGUCGUGCCGUUCCUGCGUCCUCUUCCUACUUCUGACUAAGGUCGUCUCUCCGUCUCGUCUCAUGUCUCGUCUUUAUUGUCUUCCUCGUAGUUCCAGCCACACGCACCUUGAUGUAGAAGUAGUACCACGCUCCCUCGCGGAUCGGCUAGUUAGUAGUGCAGAUGCCACGCCGGGACUGUUUGCGCGCCCGAUGUGGAUUGCGAAUGUUACUCACUUGCGUUCACUUUCCGACACGGACGUUGGCGGGUUCCCCCUUCCCUCUCGAGGACUGCGCAUGACUGGAAUUGUUGUAGUGAUAGUGACGCCUGUACCGUAAUGGUUCGCCUAAUCCUACUGUUAUCGUAAG